AUGCUCAAGCCCAAGGACCUGUGCCCCCGAGCGGGUACGCGUACCUUCCUGGAGGCCAUGCAGGCGGGCAAAGUGCACCUGGCCCGCUUUGUGCUGGAUGCGCUGGACCGCAGCAUCAUCGACUGCCGCGCGGAGCAGGGCCGCACGCCGCUCAUGGUGGCCGUGGGCUUGCCAGACCCCGCGCUGCGCGCGCGCUUUGUGCGACUACUGCUGGAGCAGGGUGCAGCAGUGAACCUGCGGGACGAGCGCGGCCGCACGGCGCUCAGCCUGGCGUGCGAACGCGGCCACCUGGACGCCGUGCAACUGCUGGUGCAGUUCAGCGGCGACCCCGAGGCGGCCGACUCGGCGGGCAAUAGCCCGGUGAUGUGGGCGGCAGCGUGCGGCCACGGGGCGGUGCUCGAGUUCCUGGUGCGCUCUUUCCGCCGCCUCGGCCUGCGCCUCGACCGCACCAACCGGGCGGGCCUCACGGCGCUGCAACUGGCCGCUGCCCGCGGCCACGGGACCUGUGUGCAGGCCCUCACCGGGCCCUGGGGCCGCGCAGCCGCUGCCGCCGCGGCCCGGGGCUCCAACUCCGACAGCCCCCCUGGCCGUCCGGCUCCCGCGCCCAGCCCGGAGCGCCGAAGACCCAGCCCCCGCCGCCUACCGCGGCCUCUCCUGGCGCGCUUUGCUCGAGCGGCCGGUGGCCAUGGUCACGGCGGCGAGGCUGGCUCAGGGGGUAAGGGCUUCGGUCGGCACCGGGCGCAGGGCAGCGAGCGGCCGGAGCUGGGCCGGAGCAUGAGCCUGGCGUUGGGUGCCGUGACCGAGGAGGAGGCGGCUCGACUGCGGGCGGGAGCCCUGAUGGCCCAACCACACUCGCCCCAGUCUUCAGGGGCUGGGCGGUGGCGUUCGCAGGAGGUGCUGGAGGGAGCGCCCCCAACCUUAGUGCAAGUCCCCGUCGGCCUUAGCCCCCACCCCGAGGGCGCCCCCGGCUCUGGCCGCUUGGGUUUGCGCCGACGCUCCACAGCUCCAGACAUCCCCAGCCUGGUCGGGGAGGCACCUGGGCCCGAGAGCGGCCCAGAAUUAGAGCCCAACGCUCUGCCCCAUUCGGUGCCUGGGCCUCAGCCUUGGCAGACGGGCACGGAGGCCGUGGUGCUGCACGCUCAGCGGUAA